CCCUACUACCUCUAGUAUGUGAUAUAGUGAAAUAUAGUCUUGCUAUCCCUCCCCCUCUCUCCAUCCCUAGCUCUCACACUGCAGGACCCUCUUUGUGGGUCGCCUCUCCUCCCAGGGAGCUCCCCCUGCCCCACGCGUGUCCUCUCCUCUUUAGGAUACUCCCCUGACACGGUAACUGGGUGUCCCCUUCCUCCCCGCCCGCCAGCUCCUCUUCUCCUGGGCUGCUUUCCGUGAACUUGAUUCCUUGUUUUGCUGCAGUGUCAUUGUUAUUCCGCACUCGCCUGCUGACGUCACAGCACCCCCUCCUCUCAUGACGUCAUUCGGCCACCGCUUCUCUUUAUGAUGUACAAUUUCUCCAGUUUCUCCUCAGACACCUCCAAAGAAGCAGGAAGCCCGGACCCCCCGAGCUGCUGCUCCCCCACUGGAUCCCCGCCCCCCUUCUGUGACCACUUCAAGACCCCCACCAGGGACCGCGGGACCCCCGGGUGCACACAGUGCAUGAAAUUUAGAGCGGGACAUUGUGAUCACCUACCGCAGGACAUAUCGAGCCCGUAACCCCCUCCCCCUCUGCUCACCGUCUGCUGCCCCCAAAAAUCCCACAUACCCCAGCCUGCCCACCUACUGUUGCUCUGCCCCCCAUUACCCAUUGCCCACGCUCUGCUGCUCUCUGCCCCAGGAUUCCCUGAACCUCCCAGCCCACCCUGAAGGAUUUCCUAGUCCUGGUGCUGCUAGCCAUGUCUGAGAUCCUGCCCUACAGCGAGGAUAAGAUGGGCCACUAUGGCUCCGACACGGAGGUGGGGCAAAUAUCGUUCAGCUGUCGCCUCCAGGACACCAGCUCCUUUUUUGGGGGGAACCAGCAGAAAAGACCCCCAAAACUGGGGCAGAUUGGGCGAGCUAAAAGAGGUGAGGAGACUGGGGAUUUUUCAUAUAGGGGGUCUGUGCAGCAUGCCCACCCACCCACAAUGCUCCUACAGGGCUCUGUAUCCCCAUUUCAGUACAUCUAUUCUUAAACACCCCCAAUAUCUUCAGUUCUCAUUUUCCUUAUGGACCUUCCAUACCCUCUCCCAUACUGUGUGUGCAUGUAUAACCUCACUUGUCACCCUCUAUUCUGCACCUGUCUCGCUCCACCUCCCAAUCUUCUCCCCCUACCAUAUCUGCAUCCCUGUUUGCUCCCUCCCCAUUUAAAUCUCCAGGUCUCCAAGCAGCCCCCUUUCAUUCAUAACCACACUGCCAAUCUUCUCCACCUGUUUUCCCACCAUCUCCUUAUCUCUAAUCUCUAUCUUUCCUUCUUUUCUUUCUCUUUAGUUUAAAUCUGACAUUCAUCCAUAUAUUGCCUUCUUGUGCAACCAAAUAUUCUCAUCUAGUUUUUUGCCAUGUUGGGGGUGUGAGCUUGCAGGCUGCCCUUUGUUAUGGUGUAGAAAUCCACCUAUUGUCUGUGUCAUAUCAGUGGGUAAUGUUAACAGAUUCAUCCAUUUCAUUCAGAGCUGUAUAUUGGUAAACUCUAGUAUCCUGAUAGAUAGCUCAGUUUUAUUAACAGAGAGUAGAGGGUUUUGGGAGCUGUGCUCACUAUAAUGGUAGACAGCCAAUAGUAAUGUAUUAUGAGAUGGAUGCAAAGUGGUGUAUGGUUAGAUUUUUAGCUGCAUAGGUAUAGCUCCACAGCUACAUAUAGUCGGGCGACACAGAUAUAAACAACAACAAAAUAGCUCAAAACGGACCUGUGCAUGUUUACAGGUGGUAAAAUAAUGUGACAGUAGACCAGAUAUGCUCUAUACACUUAACUCGGUUUUCAAAACAAAAUGCGGUGGUUUUCAGACAAACACCGAAAUCAAGCCAUGUCCAUGAAUAAACCUGCGAUUUGCUCUAUAAAAAUACAAACUUAAAUAAAUAAAACAGUGUCCUAGGUAAAUAUAGCUGCAUAUAUAAAUACACAGGCAUGUGGUAGGGAUAUUCAUAGGGACAUGACUGCAAUUAUAGCACAAUAUAAUGGUAACACACACAUCCACACGUAUAUAUAUACAUAAAUAUAUACAAACAUUCAUAUUUUAUCUCACUUUCCGUAUGACUUUUAUAUAUUAUUUUUUUAAUUGCUCAGAUUAAAAAAAACAAAAACAUUUAUAUAGUUAUAUAAUUAUAUAUAUAUAUAUAUAAUUAUAUCUGAUAUAUAAUUGCCUUAGUAUAGGUGACCAAGCCAGCCUCACUAGUACACCAGAUUCACGGACAUUUAAAUGAACAUGUACCAUGACACACCAAUGCAGUCGUAUAUUUAAUUUAGUGUUUUAAUAAAUGUCUACCCACGUAAACAUGCUCAUCUAAGUGUUUAAAUUAAUAGUUAUAUGAACAGAUUAGGUGAGAAUAUAAACAAACCGAAUAAAACAAGCACAGGCAUUUAGUAAAAUAUGCAUAACAGACAAUUAUUAAUAUUAGGUGCUAUUGAAACCAAUGUACAUACGUGGACAUGUGUGUGUAGUUGAGCAAGUACCAUAUUUAGAACACAGAGUAUCUAGAUAAACAUUAAUAUAAACAAAGACACGUGCAUAGAAGUAUCAAUGCAUUCAUCAAUUAGGUUCUUACCUCUACAUACAUUAGUACUUUUGUGAAAGUACACUAUAUAAAUUAUUACAUGGACAAGCAUGGAUCUAUAUAUGGUGCUUAUUAUUAUUAUUGUUAUUAUUAUUAUUAUUAAUAUUAACUCCCCCAUGUUAACAGUUGCUGAUGGAUAAUACAUUCGUCAUAGGAAUAGAUGCACGUUACAAAUAAUAUCUCUACUUAUAAGCAUAUACUUGGUGAUUAUGUAUACAGAACAAUUCAGUGGCAAAGUUCUAACCGUGGAACACUCAGCAGGAACAUUCCAUUGGUUUUCAUGGUGAUUGUUUCACUUUUACAACUUUGACUAGAACCGUACUGUAUACAUAACACCAACAUUAUAUUAGUACACAGAGGCACACUGUGAUGGAUAUAUUCACACACUAGUGUAUACAUACAUGUGGCUUUUGUAUACACAUACACCAUGUGAUGUGACUAACGCAGUAGCCAUGUAGCACUUUAAGGGGAAAAACCACAACACACUCAUAGGUCCAAGUAAUCCUGUGCACUAUCCCAGUCCCUAUCCGUGUGCUCCUUAUUCUAAACAUAAUUUGCACACGGGAUAAGGCAUUCACAUGCACUGGAUCUGUCCAUGGUGCUGGGGUUGUAUAGGGUCCUGGGGUCGCCCUGCAUGGCAGCGUGCUGGAGCUGUCCAGGGUGCUGGAGCUGUCCAGGGUGCUGAUGUGGAGAGCUGGCCAGCUGGAAUAGGCUGUGAUGGAAUUUCAAUGCAGGGGUAGCAGUGUGCAGUGUCAUGCCAGUGUCUGCGCAUCUUGCAGCAGGAUUAGAAAUACAGAUCUACCAAGACACAGACACAUUGUAUGUUUUUUACAAGAUGGAGUGUAGAAAUCACUGCGCAUUCUGUAUCCUGUUUGUCCAGGGUCUUGGUGUCUGUGAUAAAUCGUCAGCAUAAUUUCAAUAACUAAGUGAAGCAAUGUGUUCAUAUUUAGGAAACAUAUUGUGUCUGUUUAAUGUGUUUGGCAUUAUGCACACUAUUAUCUCUCUAUAUUUCUUUCUUCAUUCAUAUUUAUAAAUAUAUAUAUAUAUAUACACAUACAUAUAUAUAUAUAUAUAUAUCUAUAUAUAUAUAUAUCUAUAUCGUAUAUAUAAUCUAAGUCUUGAUGAAGGUUCUAAAUGGGGAGUGAUCACCAUGGAAACCAAUGCUACUGCUGAUUCCUUCACAUUUAGAAUUUUGCCCCAGACUUGCUCCUUCUACACUCCCCUCAUUCUCGCCAUUUCACUUGCCAUAUUCACUCCUCAUUUCCCCCAAUUAACUUGUACACGUAGUCACUGAUUUGGUCUCCUGAUCCCAACAUCAUGUCUCUCCCUUUUCUCAGUGGUUAUUGAAGAUGACAGAAUAGACGAAGUGCUGAAGGGGGUGUCGGACAAGUCUCCCUCCGGAGUAUAAGGUGGAUAUGUUUGCUCUCCAACGCUCACUAUCCUCCCCGAUUUGUAAGCACUUUUGGCUGUGCAUGUUUGUGGACAUGGAGAAGAAGAAAAGGCUUUGAGGCUGCUGGCAAAUCUCCACCCUCCACCUUGAUCCAGAACCUCUGCAGGUCUCCUGUCGGUGCCAUCCGGUUCAUCACUCCACUAAGUCCCGGUUAAUGACCUCCAAAGUGGAGUUGUCCAUUUCAGCACCAUCAUUUAUCCCUUGUCACUGUUCUUCAUUCUGGGCUGUGGGGCAGUGAUAUGUUUCAGCCCAUGUUAAAGCCAACCCCAGAAAGUAGUGGUUGCUGAUCUUCUCAGCAUAUACCUGUGUGCCAAGAAGGUGCUUGUAGACUUGAGCACCAAGGAGUUUGCGUCUACCAACUCCAAACCUUGCCAGGUGCUGCCUCCUCCUCCUGCCUCUUAAUGUACCCCAGGGGGCUAUAGGUUGAUAGUUAUGCACUUUAUUUGGACAAUGUUCUGUGUCUAGUCAGUAGUAAUCUUUAGACAAGUAGACAAGUGGUCUAUCUUCCCUUUAUUCUAACUAAAAAUAUACACACACGUUUUAUAUAUAUAUAUAUAGAGAGAGAUAUAUAUAUAUAUAUAUAUAUAUAUAUAUAUAUAAAAUAAUUAGACACAUGCACACUUUGAAUUUUUCUUAAUAAUCCUAUGCCCACCCACCCUACUAUACCAGCAUCUCCUCAGCUUCAGAACAAUAACAGACUGGGCCCAUCCCAACCUGUCUCAUCUUGUCCUUCACAUUCAAGAUACCAGCAGGUCGGAAGCGGAGCAGCUGGAGGGAGUAGAGCAGACACAGGCCAUCCCUUUGCUGUCCAAACCCAAGCAAGAUAAAGACUUUAUUUGCACCAUCUCUUGCAUGAGCUUCCGAAUUCGUCCCGGAUUCCACCCCCUGUCCCCCUUUCCCUGCACGCUCCUUUUGAAGAGGACCCUUUACAUUUGUAUUUUUUAUAAACAGAUCUUUGUUAUUAAUAUAAAUUCUGAUACAUGCUGGUGACUGUGCAACAUCACAUCAGAGAUGCAGCCAUUUCCUGGUGCAGAAUAAGUGUAAACUGGCUGAAUGGCAGUCAUUAGGAGGUACCAUCACCAGGGGUUUCUAGAACAUGCUUAAACCACUUGUUAUGAACAUGCGAGAUCUUACUGUUAUAGUUGCUAAUAACACACUUGCCACCAUAUCAUGCUGUCUGCACUGGGUAUUCAAUACACAGUGAUAAGCUGCUUUUUUCAUGGGACACAUUACUCUUUAUUACAACUCAUAAGCCUUUCACCAUACUAUUGCCUGGCACAGUAUAGUAUAUGUGUAUAUGCACUGCUGUAGAUGCUUCUCUAUGAUAUAUAAAUAUGUUAUGUGCUGGCUUUAUUUUGAGUAGAUAUGUAGAAAUAGGCUGCAAAGAUUAUGCACAUAAAAAAAAAACCACACACAAAAAUUAUUUGUGUACAUAUAUUAUAUACACUACAUAUCAGACUAAUUUUCUAUAAUGUUUCCAGUACAAUAGAUAUGUGAUAUUUGCACAUUAUUAUUGUGUUCCCUUGCAUCCUUGCUUUGCUUCAUAUUCUAUCCUUUUAAACAUACAAUAAAAUACUGUAUAUUUUUUAUAUGAAUUUUUUCAGUGCUUGGCUGUAUUAUAUAUGUAUGUGGGCACGAGUGUCCAUCUGUGUGUACACCUGGGUGUGUAUAUGUCCAUGUACACACACACAUACAUAUGCAAACACAGGUGUUCAUACAUAAACAUUGUAUUUCUUUAUAGAAUGUCUAUGUCUUUUCUAAUCAGAUUGCAUAGAUAUCACCAGCAUUUUCACAUGUAGAAAUAUUUAUAUCAUUCCUUCUCCUUGGAUUUGCUCAUGGGAGGAGGGUAAAAGGUGGGAUGGAUUAAGGUUUACUUGAAGUUAAGAUGCAUACGUAUCACAUGCCCUGGUGGUGGCUCCUCCAUGCUCCAUCUAGAAUUGCUGGUGACCUGUGAGGAACAAAUGUUCUAAGCAACAUGCGAUAUUUGUGUCUUGGAAAUAUACUGCAAUUUGACCAUCGCUGGUGUCAGGAAUCCAUGCGGUCUCUAAAUGUGAGAUAACAGCUGUUUACCGCCUCUUUAUGGGACGUAAUAGUUGUGUUUUUAAUUUUGUACUUUUCUUUUUUGAAAAGCUUCUUAAAUCCUCUGCAUGGACUUAAGAUUCAACAAUAAUAUUAACAGUACUAAUAAUAUAUUCAUUUUCUGAUUCUAAUAAGGCGAUGCUGUGCCAUUCUGAGAAUGACUCAUUGUACAUUAUUACCAUUACCACUGUAUUUGGUGACUAAAUAAAUAAACUUAAUAAUCACCAGCAGGGCUGUAAAUGCUUCUUUUCUCCUAGGAACUAUACCAAAUGUACUUACUAGAGGUUUUACAAAUUGACACAGUGGAUUAUUUGUGUAUUUUGCAAAGUAAUAAAUAAUAAUAAGCUAACCUUAGUUAUUUGUCAUGCAGAGUGUAGCCAAUUGGUGACAUCCCAACUCUUUAACUAAAUACGAAAAAGGGAAAAAAU